UGAGAGAGACCAGGGUCCGGGUGGGCUAGGGAUACAGGAACUCUCCGUGUCGAGAGGCUCGGAACAACUUGCCCCUGGAUGGAAGCAAAACAAUAGAGACGGCUAAAGACUCCGGAGGCGACGGGGACGGUCCGCUCGCUGAACCCGAGAUUUUAAGUGAAUAAAAUUAUUGCCCAUCAUGCAUUGUAUACAGAAAUGUGAUUGGCCCAAGCCACUGACAAGCCCUGCGACAUCAUCUGUCUAAAGGAGGGGACCGAGAAGAUCAUUGACAUUGGUUAAUGGAGGCACUUGGCCUCCGUCCAUUGUAAUUCAAAGGAAAUUUGCUUGGAUACUCUCCAACACAGGGUCAUGGGAAGUUCUGAGCUGAGUCGGCAGUGUUAACCCUUUGAUGGGAGCUUCGACAGUGCCAGUGCAUCAGGACAUCAGAGGUCUGUGAACACCGUGGGUUCCAGCUGCCCGGGUUGUCUACUGCUCAUUACGGACACCCUUUCAGGGCGACGUUUCCUGUGUGACACGGGGGCUCCAGUGAGCGUGCUGCCGGCUUCACCUGUUGAUGAGAAGGGACGGAGUGAGCUGAGAUCUUCCAUUGCAUCUGUCAGCUGGUAGGACCUUCGACCCUCCCAGUCACUUUCUCUCGGAUGUGAAGUCCCAGCCCACGGAGGGGCAGACACGGAUCAGGCCUAUUGAGCCGUGCCAGUGGUCUGGUGAGAGUGGGCAGUGCCAUCUGGCUAGGACAGGACCAGCUGGAGGCACGGAACAACUCCUCUGGCUCUGGAUGGAAACUGUCCUGUGACCUCUCUUCUGACGGGCGCUGUUACGGACAACUUGGAACCAUGACGUCCACACUGCAGACCCUGCCCUUCCAGCUCCUGACGCACGGCGCGGGGCAGAGCGCACUCCGCACCUGUGACCAGGAGAUCGACCGGAAGUACGACAUCGUGCCCUCUGUGCUCUGCUCCAUGUGCUGCCUCUUCGGAGUCAUCUACUGCUUCUUUGGCUAUCGGUGUUUCAAAGCCAUCAUGUUCCUCACCGGAUUGAUGUUUGGCUCUAUCAUCAUCUUCAUGCUGUGUUACAAGGAGAGGGUCCUGGACACCCAGCUUAGCAUGGAGGCCAGCGUUGGAAUCGGCCUGGGCAUCGGCGUACUCUGCGGCUUGGUCACCAUGCUGGUGCGGAGCGUUGGCCUGUUCAUGGUGGGUCUGCUGCUGGGCCUGCUGGUUGCCGUGGCAACCCUCGUGGUACUGGAGCAGUUCUACCACCCCCGCACGGUCUGGGUGCCCAUCGGACUGUUGCUGGGGGCCGGAAUGUUCUUCGCCGUGCUGACCCUCCAGUGGCAGCGAUUCUUCACGGUCCUCUCCACGUCUGUGUUUGGUUCCGCCGUCAUCACUGUGACUGUGGACUACUUCAUCGAGAUUUUCCUCCUGGUCCAGUACGUCUAUGAGAGGAUCAAGGUGGCCCCCCUGCAGCCCAUGUGCUGGUAUAGCUGGGUGAUCCUGGGCACGUGGCCCAUCUUGACAGCGCUUGGCGUCCUGGUGCAGUUCAAGGUUACAGCAGAGGGCUACUCACACACAGAAGUCAUUAUUAACAGGAGACAGAGGCGGGUACAGCUGAUGAGAAUACGACAGAAGGAGGCCAAGAAAAAGCAGAGAAGACAGCGGAGGACGUACCAGGAGCAGGCGUAUCGCAGGAAACCCAACCCUGUCCGCCGCUACGAUGGAGAUGUGCUUUCCCCGAGCUACAUUCAGAACUUCCGGGAGCGCCAAGCCGGAACGUCGCCAGGCGCCAAUGCACAGACCAUGAUUGAUGUGGACUAUGACUGUGGCUCCACGGUGCCCCUCACCUCCUCCACCCCUGCAGUCCGAGUGUGAGGCAACUGGGGAGGCCUUUGGAGCAAAGUGGAGGGUCUCAGUCUGCUGGGCAGCAGAAGAGGAGGAGACCUGCGGGGAGGGGAGUCUCCCUAAACCCAGUGUCCCAGGGAAGGGUCUUGUAUUUACAGAAGAGAUUUAAUAUAUUUAUGCCUGAACUGGGUCUUUGGCCCUUCUGCAACCUUGUCUUUUCCCAACCUACAGAUUGACGCUCCCAGAUUGGCGACAUGCAUUUCCAGGGGAUAUUUCAUUCCACUGUCCCUUGUAUCCUGUGACUGGCGAAGGAGAUCAGGACUCUCAGCAACUACACAGGAACUGACCUUGGACUCGGUGCGGAUGAUAACCCUAACUCAUGGUUAAAAACUCAUGGAGGGAGGGGAGGGAGUGCUGGAUGAGGGAGGGGAAGUGGUGCCUAAGACAUCCACCUCCCUCCGUACACAAUCCUCUCAAACACUUCCAUCUAGCUUCACACCUCCCAGGAGAUGCUGCAGUCACCAUCUGCUCUAUACAAGGAGAGAAACUUCCCUUGGGACAAUGCCACCUUCCUCUUCAGGGCCAUUGCUUCACCAAGCCGGAGACACCAGCUGCCCACUGCAGUGUCUCGAAGGAAAUGUGAACCUUCCUUUGGCCAAUAUUGUGCAUGUUUCUGAGCUGUGUGUGUGUGUGCACAAAGAGCAGCGCGUACCGUUACAUAGAAACUGCUGAAUGUAUUCCUCUUUAGUCAUGACGCUGGUCUCGCACAGGGAGAGGAUGCAAUCUUCAUCUGUCACUCCUACUCCUGAACUUAGCCUGAGAACCCUACUCGAACCAGAACCCUAACCUUAAUCCUACACUCCUAACCCGAACCAGAACCCAAGAUCAUACUCCUAACCUUACACACAACCCUAAAUCUGAAUCCAAGCCCUAACCCUGACUCUAACACUAGAACACUAAUCAGAACCCCAGAGUCCUCACCCUAAUGUCUCAGUCACUGUCCGAAGGUUGAGUGUGGAUGUGAACCUUGUGACUGAAGUGGAGAGAUGUCCUUUGUUGAGGGUUGGAUUGACCUCAGUUUUUCUUCAGAAUUGGAGACUGCUGUCCUCUCUUGCUUUCGGAGAAACUUAAUGGGAAGAUUUAUCACAAUGGGGGAAGCAGGUUUACUCUUCAUUUGACUUGGAGAACUUCAGUCAGUAGUUGGAAAGAAGCUGAAGAUUGGUCACAGUGUGGAGUUGUCUGAUAGAGAGGUCGGCAAUAAGCCAAAGAGAGUUGUGUUUCCAGUUGGCUGAGGAGGGUGGGGAACUGCUUGGUGACCACUGGUACUGAGUGGGUCAAUAUGAGACAAUGGGAUGAAUAUCCUUGAACUUGACUAGCCUAACUGUGGAG